ACAGCCGACAUUCGCCGCCAGCGCCAGUCGCAAGUAGUACGCGCGCGUUGUGUUCCAUCCGCGUCCGCAGUCGUUGCUCCGGGCCCGGGUGCCGCACUCUUGUACUGGUGGUGCACGCACACCGCCGCACGCAUUCAUCAAUAAAACGCACCGCACCGGGCGAAACUGUGAUUUGUGACCGACUUCGCUGUGUCCACUUGUUACGAACAAUCUCUGCAACAAAACAAAAACAUUUCCAAUCGCGCGCUGUUCAAUCCUCAACCGACGUGCGAGUUAUCGAGCCGGCUAAGGAAGUCUGUACGCUCGUGGAACGUCCGAAGUCCAUCAAUAGCAGGCGAUACGCGCAUAAGAUGUUAACGUGACCACACGAAGCUCGCGCUCGCAUCAACAAUCUCAGAAUGUCGUCUUCCCAUCGCCACCGCCACACCAGCCAUCAUUUCCUAGCGGUGACGACAACACUGCUGGCGGUGUUGCUUACGUUGUGCACCGCUUUCGUCGAUGAAGAUAUUGGGUUCGAAGUUGCUGAAGACUUUGAGGUGGAAUUCGACCCGGAAAGCAGCCGGCAACUGUUCGAAGUUCCACCGCAAUUGACUGCCGUUGUCGGCAGAGUAUUUCACUACGCUCUGCCCAAGGAGGAACACGUCAAGUACGAGGCGAAACGUGUGGACGUAAAAUCUCUACCCGCCUGGCUGCUCUUCGACAAGGUAGCUGGGGUUUUCUGGGGCCUGCCACUUGCUGAGGACGAGGGAAAGAUCCAUGCCGUCGUCAAGACGAUCCGCGCUAACGACACCUCAAGCAACGAGUUCACGCUGAUUGCCGUCCGGGAGCAACCAGACGCGCAAAGUAAACGGAAGUGUCCGGAGGGUGAGGGCAACACGGUGCUUUCCCUGGUAGUAGACAGGGACGUGCACGCCAUUAAACCCAAACAGCGGAUAAUUGCCAUCAAUAAUAUCGCCAAAUUCUUUGGAUUACCUUACAGUGCCUUCAAAUUAGAACCCUAUAGAAAUUCGGAUGACCUGUCGGAUAGCUCAGUCAUCCUUGCUGGUCCUGGCACGGUUCGCGUGCGCUCGUCCAAGACGACCGCGUCGAUUCUAGUCAACGUCGGCUGCGAUGGCCGACUGUCGGAGAAUGCCGCCACUAUCGUGCACCAGCUGAAGCAGCAGGCACGCGAUGGCACCAUCACGGAAGUCCUGCGCCUGCCGCUCAUUGGCUGGCGCGUUAAGGCGGAAACGGAAACGCGAGGUUUCCGUGCGCGACGACAAGCCGACGAGUAUGGUGGCGCAGGUAGUGGUGACUACGAGGAUGAAUACUAUGACGACAAUAACGACUAUUACGACUAUGAUGACGAAGAGACGAAAGUUGUCACGCCGCGCACAACGACCACCACUACGAAAGCCACUCGUCCCACUACAACAACUACAACCACAACUACUCCUGCACCAACUACAACUAGUACCACAACAAUGAGCACGACAACAAGUACAACAACGACGGAGGCUCCUACGACCGUAAUCCAAGUGACCACUCCGCAAGAAGCGACUUCCACGCAUCACCAUCGCCAUCAUCAUGGUCAACUUCCAAGUAAUCCAACGUUCUUUGACAGCAGAGAUACUUCCAGUUCAAGCACAACGCCUUCAACCACGAUCAAGACAACUACAGAGGAAGUAAUUACUACAACACACAAACAUGUUGUAGCAACAGAAAAGACCGAUGAGAUUCCACUCCCUGGUAACGCUGAUGAUCAAUUCAACUACGAUGAUGAGGAUGAAGAAGAAUACGAAGAUGAAGAUGAUCCAGAGAGUGAAACAGAACUUCCUGAUUUUGGCCAACUGCCAGUAGAUGUCAAACCGCAUUUGGAACUCGUCACAGAACGCGACGAUGCAUUCCCGGACGUUCAAUCGACCAAAAUCAUCGAACUCGUACCGGAAACAACUCCUCUCUCAACGACAACGUCUACAACUACGACAACAACAACAACAACAACAACGCCUAUGCCUGCAACUACAACGAUUGCAGCCGUCCCCGUCACUUCAACUUCGUCUUUGCCAUCGACGACCACAUUGGCGGCGACCACACAGUCAACUACUGUAGAGCAAACUGAAUCGACGACAGUUCCAGACACUCCGCCGACAACUUUGGUCACCGAAGCGGUCACUACUACUACCACAACAACUACUACAGAACGACCGACCACCGAAGCGGAGCCGGAAACGACGACGUCGAUCAAGCAGACGACUGUGCGACAUUUGCCGACGACCACACAAAGUGCUUCAACAGCAGCGCAGACCGAGACGGUCGAGUUUGAGCUGAAGAACUUCCCGCCAUCGAUACAAAAUCGAUUGAAGCGUAUUGCAACCACCGCAGGCAAGGCUUUCAACUACAUCGUGCCUCUGGAUACAUUCACCGAUGUUGAGGACGGCACCGAUUUGGUGUUAGAAUUGUUGGACGCCGAUGGCAAGGCGUUGAAUAAAUCAUCAUGGUGUCAAUUUAAUCAGGGCUCGAGGGAAAUAUAUGGACUGCCAUUGGACGACGACGUCUCCCGGUGGGAAUAUAUUCUUCGUGCCACAGACCACGAGGGUGCAUCUGUUCAAGACGUUGUGGAGAUUCUGGUGCAGAAUCACAAGUCGAAACGGGUCGUCAAUCACGAGUUCUCGCUGUACUUGCAUGUGGAGAAGAAGUGGGAGUUUCCACAUGAUGUGGACUGGGCGCUGAAAACUUUACGAGGCGUCGGCCAACUUUAUCGCAGCAAUUUAAGCGACAUUGUCGUUCGGAAGGUGAACUACACCAGUGAGCCUGUGGUGUUCGUGUGGACAAAUGAUUCUUUAGCUAAGAAUUACUGCCCAAAGGAAGACAUCGAAAAGUUAUACGAGGCUUUGACCGCGAAUAAUGAGGGUGAUCCAUCACACGCGCUCACCAGAGCACUCAUUCCAGAAUUGCGCAUCAAAAAGGUGCUCUAUCAUACGAUGGGAAUCUGUGAGACCGAACCAGCCAAACCGCCACCACCUCCAUUGGCUCCUAUUACGCCAUCAAGUAAUUUCUCUCCGAUUUUGAGAAAUGCGGUGGAUCAUAUCAAUGCAACAGUUGGGGAGUUGUUAGUUUUCGCUGUACCUGACGAUACUUUUUAUGAUCCGGAAGAUACAGAUCCGAGAAAUCUCAAAAUGUCACUUCUGACCGCUGAAGGACAUCCGAUACCAUCAAACUAUUGGUUACAGUUUGAUAGUAAAAAUAAAGAGUUUUAUGGUAUUCCGUUGCUUGACAACGUGGGUCGCAAAGAAUUUCAGCUAGUCUGCAAGGAUAGCGGUAAUCUCACUGCCAGCGACAUGCUUGUUGUUGUCGUGCACUCUGCUCCCCGCCGCCAUUAUAAUCUCGAAUUUAUUAUGACUCUCGACACUCAGUACGAAUCGUUCGCAACGAGCGCUAGCAUGCAACGCAAAUUCGUUGAGAAGGUUGCUGAUCUCUUCGGGGAUAGUAACACUAGUAAUAUUCACUUGAAUUCUAUCCGACGCGGGUCCACAAUUGUAAGCUGGUACAACAAGUCGCUAACUUUGGACGAAUGCCCACGACCACAGAUUUCUCAGCUAGAAUCUGUACUUGUUAACAAGGACCACACGAUUGCUGGCCGUGUUCAAGAUGUGAUGGAUCCGGAGUUCAAAGUCUCAACAAUUAAACUUCAGUUAAUAGGAAACUGUCGUGGCAAACCACAUAUCCACUCGCCCAACAGCAAGGGUGUUCCAAUUGAAGAACCUCCACUGGGUGAUCAUGAUGAUUACAUGAUUACAUUCAUCGUUCCGGCGAUUAUUAUCUUUUGCAUGCUGCUGCUGGCCGGAAUUGUCGCGUGCGUGAUGUACCGACGCCGGCGGACGGGAAAACUCAAUAUGGCAGAGGACGGACGCUCCUCCUAUGGUAACAAGGGCAUUCCGGUGAUAUUCCAAGAAGAGCUCGAAGAGAAACCCGAGCCAGGUACCAAGGCGCCUGUAAUCUUGAAGGACGAGAAGCCGCCUCUGGCACCGCCCGAGUACAGUAAGAGCGGUUCGCUGAAACUAGGCGAUGACUCGGAGCCUUACCAACCGCCACCUCCGCCCUUCUCGCGCCCUCAGGACAACAAUCGGCAGGCGCGGCCUAAACCCACGCCGACAUAUCGGAAACCCCCACCACUAAGUAUUGAUUAAAGCAUACAUACCAAAGAGAGAAGGAAUAUCCUAGUAAUAACAUGACAUCACUUAAGUAUUUCAUUUUGACUGCGUAAACGUGUAAACAUAAUUAAGCCGCCAUAGAUGCGAUUUGUACGAAAACAAUGGACACGCAAACAUAUCCGUAAUCACAUUAUCAUAAAGUAAAACGUAAAGAAUACCUGUGUAACGCAUUUUGGGGGUCUUUGGCGACUAUUGCAAGACAAAACUUUAUACGUAUACUUGAAAAUGCUAUACAAAAAACUGUACUUUUGAAACACUGCUGUAACAAACAACUUAAACUUAAGAAUUAAGGUCCCCACAAUGUCGAAGAUAUGAAGAAGAUUGGCAAUCAUUAGUGAUACAAAAAGUGAAGCUCUGCGAAGGCGAACUGGGCGCGCACAACUUGAUACGCACCUUACUUAUAUCGAAUUAUAACGACUGAACAAUUACUGCCUCUCCGAGCAACACUCACCUCCUCCUUCGCGGUAAUCAUCGCAGAGCUGAAAUUUUGACUGUGUUCCUUUCGAAUGUGUACUAUCUAGUAAAACAAGUACGGGGAAUGUGCUCCCGGAAUGUACCAUGAUAAAAAAAAACAUAAAAACGUAGAUGACUUCAAAGUAUGAAUAACGAUUUGUGUCUCCUGUAUACAUAUACAAAACUAGCAUUUAGAAAUUAAUACAAAGAACUAAUUAUGAAAAGCAAACGCAAAUGAAAUUGUACGAUAAGAUGAAGUUAAAUACUUAUACUUAUGAGAGAAACAUGCAUUUACAACUUAACUUACGUUGUAACUUUAAUGCGCGUUUAAUACUGACUUUUGAAUUAUGUUUAUACACGUAUUUAGACUAUCAUUCGAAUAUUAAUCGUUUGAUAUACAAUUGCUUUAUGUACUUUUUAUUCUAAUCCUAACGGUUAACAACAUUAAGUGUACAUUUAUUAUUUUACCAAUGAAACGAUUUGUAAUGCUCUUUGUAACUUCCAAUAUUUAAUCUAAUGAAAUAUAUUGAAAUAACAAUUUUA